AUAGUUGAAGCCCAGCCGAGAGAAAAGCUGUUAAUAGCUCUAGUCUGGAACGAGUCAGAUGCGGUCCGAAACACACUAUUCAAACACAAUACGAACUAUAAGAAAAAUGACCUUUAUCAUACCAUGUUGAUGGCUUUGGAGCGAGGAAACGUGGACUUCGUCAAGCUUCUUGUGGAAAACGGAGUCUCAGUGAAGCAAUUUCUAACCACUGAGCGCCUAGAGUACCUCUACAAUUCGUGUUCAGAGAAAACGACACCGACAUUUAAAGAUCUGCUUAGACUUUCGAUUUCACUGUCAGUUGAGGGGAAGAUCAAGUCUAUAAAGCUACGUCACGUAGACAGCGUCAUCAAAUUCUUGAUGGGCGGAGAGUUCGACAGUCGAUACGGACGCUGUGCGUCAGAGGACUCAGAAAUACUACCUCACGCUUUCUCAGAACUCUUUCUGAUGGCUGUUCUCUGUAAGCAGUUUAGACUAGCAGAGUACUUUUGGCAGCAAGGCACGCACCCCAUCAUAAAAGCUCUUGUGGGAAUGAAGAUAUAUUCUAAGCUUGCUGAAAUUGCACAUGGUCAGUUAGAUAUAGAGACAGCUGCUCUUCUGAAGUCCGAAUCAGAAAAAUAUAGUGGCUAUGCAUAUGACCUACUCGAUAUUUGCUAUGACAUGAACGAGAAGCAAGCAAAGAAAAUUACAGUUCGGCGCCAUAGCAACUGGAGUCGAUAUUCCUGCCUCUCGCUGGCCGUUCGAGCGUCACAUAUGAAAUUCGUUGCACAUCAGUGUUGCCAAGCACACAUGAACGACAUCUGGGUUGGCAAACUAUUAACCAGAAAAGCAUAUAAAGUGCUUUUAUGCUGUAUAUUUCCACCAUUUUUAUUUGGAAUUAAAUACAAAUCACGCAAAGAGAUAUCGUCAGGUGAAAAUGAAGAGAGCCACUUCGCCAAUAAAAACGAAAAGAAAUCAAAGAAACACAUCUUCAAAGAAGGAAUAAAAAAAGUUAACUAUUUCUACACCGCUCCAAUUGUCAAAUUCUGGCUAAAUGUGGCAUCGUACAUGCUAUUUUUGCUGGCAUUCAGUGCUUUAGUUUUGACGAAGCUACACGCCGUCCCGUCAAUUUAUGAGUUCUUUGUGAUUAUGUACAUUAUCAGUUUGACGAUUGAAGAAUUUCGACAGAUGUUUUCAGAAAAAUUUCGUCAAUGGAUAAAUGAUUUCUGGAAUAUUUUGGAUUUUGUGGCAAUUGUUUGUUUUGUUAUUGGUUUUACUUUACGUUUGGCAGACAAUACGCGAAGUACAGCUAAGGUAUUCUAUUCAGUAGACGUGUGCUUGUGGUACAUUCGACUUCUGGAUUUAUUCAGUGUCAGUAGUUACCUCGGGCCAUAUGUAACGAUGAUCGGCAAAAUGAUGUUCGACACGCUUCGCUUCCUUUGCAUCAUGGGCAUUUUUACUAUGGCCUACGGUGUUGCUACUCAGGGAAUUCUGAAGCCAGACGAACCUGAAAUCACAUUCGACGUAUUGAAGGCAGUCGUCUACAUUCCUUAUUGGCAGAUCUAUGGAGAGUUAUUCCUCGAAUCUACGUAUUGUGGAGGAGAAGACGAAGAUCCGUGUGUGACGGGUAGCGCCAUUCCCCCAUUAAUGACGGCGGUCUACCUCUUGAUCGCUAACAUCCUUCUCUUGAACAUGUUAAUAGCAAUUUUUAAUAAUACCUUUACCGAGUAUCAAGAGAACGCGGAGGUGAUCUGGAAGUUUGAGAGACAUCGUUUGGUGACAGAAUACAUGAAACGACCAGUGCUUGUUCCCCCGUUCAUGAUUUUUGCUCACAUGUGGCGGCUUUUUAAAUGGACCGAACAGAAACGUAAGAAAAUUGUGCCGAAAAUCUUCAACAAAGAAGAAGAAGAAGAAGUGGCUGACGAAUCUAUAACUCUUCUUGAUCGCUGGGAAGAAGAAAUGAUCAAAGUUUAUGUCAACAAAGAAACUAUAAGGAAGGAGCAGUCAGUCGAACAUGUAAUAGGAGAACUUAGUGAAAGGAUGCUAACAAUAUCUGUUCGUCUGGGAGAAAUGGAUCGUCGCCUGCAGCAACUCGACGAGAUAGACACUAAACUUGACAGUCAGAUACGAGACACGAACGCGGAUGAAAACAACAUCAGUGAACAUAUGAAUGCGUUAGAAAUUAAAAUGGAUACAUUACUCGAAGAAUCAGGAAAACAGAAAGAGAAGCUUGUAAAUGUACAAUGGGCGAUGAUUAAAUUGAAGAGGAGUUUUAACACCAAACCUGUUAAUACUCGAAGGAAGUCAACAGGUGCUGAACGUUUGCCAUCUGGUGACGUGUGAGAGAUGGACAAAAGAGCGUGGUCCAAAUUUGAGACUUAUAAAAAUUGUUACCAUUACAUGAAAGUCGUUACAAUUACAUCAGCAUGUUACAUAGUUUGACCAUGCAACAAUUUACAGUGAUAACUGUAACAACAUUUGACAUGGUUCACACUAAACACUUUAUAAACAUUGACGCAAGUAACGCACCUGAUGUGUACACACACGUCUAUGAGAGACACAUAAAUCGUAAAGUAAAUACUUUAGAUAUUUUUGUACAUUUUUAAAAUAAAUUACUCUCCUCAACACUAAUUUUGUAGAAGUAAAGUGAGGAGAAUUUCCCCUUAUCCCGCCUACCUCUCGUAUGAGUUUCGGUUAUUCGAGGAGCUAAAUGACCAGACUCUACCAAUAAAACCAACCGGGUGUUCAGCACAGGAAGCAGGACCAAUACCGUACAAGGAUAGGUCAAACAAAUUGCAAACAUUGUUUUUUCUUUUUUAAUCAAAUAGAUUAUGACGAGGGGAGGAAUUCUACAAAUCGUCGGAAACAUGUGAAUUUAAGUUGUGUACAACAUACAUAUGUCUCUGUUUGUUCUAAUGUAACUUUUACUCCAAAAUUGACUAAACCCUAUUUGCAGAUGCUAUGUAUAUCUCUAUGACUAAUUAUUAUUAUUUGUUUGGAAGUUAUGUAAGGACCGGUCUGGUAAUUUAAGAAAAAUCGAUUACAAAAGAAUACAGCGUAUAAUCAGGCUGGAAAAAACAUCUAGGCCUACAACAAAACAGACACCUAGAUGAUAUCUGUGAGAUUAAAAUUAUUGAUAAAUUAAAGAGUAUUUUAACAGAUAGUUGCCACCCACAAAAUGCAUCUUUUUACUUGGCUACCCUUAGGUGAAAGGUUAAAAUCACAAACCUAUAGAACAAAUAGAUAUCUCCUCAACUCGUUCGUACCACUAUUAGAAUUCUUAAUUAAAAUAUCAAAUAAAUGUUAGGGCCUAAUUAUAA